GAGAAAUAAAUAAUGUUUUAAUUUUUACAAUUUGAAAAUCAAUAAAACAAAUGACAUUAUGUUGAAAAAAGAAAAAAGAAAAUAAACAAAUUAAUUAAAACAUUAAUUUUUCUUGUUUUUAAAUGAUAUUUGUCUGCAUUAAAUAUUAGCAAUUUUAUAUGAACAAUGGUUUUGAUAGUAGAAGUUGAAGAUAGUAAAAUAAAAAAGCCAUGGCUUGGUGGUUGGUCAAAUCGUGUAACUGGAAUUGCUUAUGUCAAUGCUGCAUCUCAAACAGGACCAUCAAUGAGAAUGAAUUCAAAAAAUUGCUGCAGUCAAAGUGUACAAAUUAAACAUAAUAAAAAUGCAUCUUGUCAAUCAACUGUUGACGCGUCAACUCAAAUGUGGAGAAAAGAUUGUUUUAUUUCUUGUGCCAAUGAUAAGUACAUGACUGUGAAAUAUUAUGAUGAAAAUAAAUCAACUUUUGACUUGGAUAAACAUGCACGAAUUAUACAAAAAUUUUAUAGAUCAUAUAAAAUGUUAAAAAAUAUCAAAGAGUGUACUUUUGCGUACAGAAAAAUUGUAGAGGAUUGUAAAAAAUUUGAAGAAGAACGAGCAGAUUUACACAGAAAAAGAAAUCAAAUGGAAAUUAUUCGUCAAACAUAUCCACAAAUACGUUCAGAUUUCGAAAAGCUAUACAGUUUAAUAGAAACCUGGCGACAAUCACGUUUUAAUUAUAUUAAAAAAAAAAAUUUUUUAAACACUGUAAAAACAGAGAAUAUUUUUAUUCUAAAAAAAACAGUAGAAAUGUUAAAAGAUAUUGAAUCACAUAGAAGUAUUAUUGCUAAAAAUUACCAGGAAAAAAAGUCGAGAAAAUUUUUAGAUUUUCAUUGUAAAGCAUUAAAAUGGAAUGGCUAUAAAGGAACAAAAAUAAAAAUGGUCUCAUUGAAAACCCAACGAGCUCGUGAAUAUAAAAAAAUUUACAAUGAUUUAAACAAAAAUGACAUGACAUUAGAAAAGAGACUUGAAGUUUUAAAAUCAAUAAAAAAACUAUUUAACUAUCAUAAUUGUAUUUCUUGGAAUGAGCUUGUAAAUUUGAUUGAUCAAGAAAAUGAACUUUUAUGUCGUGGAAUUAAUCAAAUUCAUUUGGAAAAUUUACGAAAAAGAAUAACAUUAGGAUUUUUGUAUUUUGUACGAAAUUCUCAUGAUUGUUGCAACACUGAAAAUUCACAAGAAAUGGAAUUGAAUGAGCCAAAUGAAAAGAAAAAAAUUGUUUGUCAUUAUUGCAAAAAAUUGCUGGCAUUUGAUAAAUUUUCAUCUCAUGUUAGAAUGAAAAAAUUAUCAAGUGUGACAGGAUGUGUUUGGUUACAUCAACAAAGUAUUGAAAAAAUUGAUUACGAUCCAUAUGUUUAUCUGUUAAAUGGUAUACGUGCUGAUGAAAGUAAAAAAAAUUGUUUUUCAACAUUACUUUAUGUCAUACACGAGCCGGAGAUUUAUCAUCUUGUUAAAAAUAUAUGGCGUGGUAAAUCAAUCGUCAGUGAAAUUGAUGAUAUAUUUCGUUUACGACUUGUUAGAUUUAAUGGUAAUGCUGAAUGGGCACCAUGGAAUUGUAUACUUCUUACUGAGGAAGAGAGUGAAACACAUUUUUUUAUUGAAGAUCUUACAACAGUUUAUUCAAAAACAUUAAUUCAUAAAAUAUAUUUAUUUCAUGAAAUUGCUAAAAUUCAUUUUCGUGAAUUGAUAAGAUUUGAAAAGAAAUUUCGUGGCUCUUCUCGUUAACGUAUGAUCAAGACUUUCUUGACUCAACAACAAUAAACUACUAUUGAAAAAAAGAAUUUUAAAAAUAUAAAAAAUAACAAAAAAGAAAAAAUAACUGGUAGUAGUUUUUUUUUGGAGAUUUGAAAGAGCACUUAAUGUCAAAUAAAUUGGCUUUGCUUUCUAACAGUAUCCUCACAAGGAUAAAAUGCCAAUAGAAAAAUAAAAAUAAAAUUUCUUUGAUGCAUAAAAUAAUCGACCAAACUCAAUUUCUUAUUUCAAUGACCAAGAAUAGCCUCUCAAUCUUUGUGUUACAUUAAAACUUUGAGCUUGACCCUUUGGCUUUGUCUUGAUCAUUAGUUCCUGGUGACUUUGGAUAAUUAUUAUUGUGCCUGAGGUUGUGCCUUUGUGUGUCGUAAAGAGGAUUACAGAGAUGCCGAUUGAAAUUGAAGAUGACUAUUUGGCCAAAAAAUUUCUUGGUGGUUGGAAAAAUUUAUUAACCGGAAAAGAAUAUCACGAUGGUGAAUGUCAAACAAUUUUUAAUCAUGGAAAUAAAUUAAAUAAUAAAAUAUUAGUAAGAAGCAGAGUUACCCAAACAUCAAGCAAAUCAAAA